AUGGCUUCAGUAACAGAUGCCAGAUACAGGCAGAAAGAUACUUCAGAUCAAAAUUUUGAUUACAUGUUCAAGCUCCUGAUCAUCGGCAACAGCAGCGUGGGCAAAACCUCCUUCCUCUUCAGGUACGCUGACGACACCUUCACACCAGCUUUCGUCAGCACCGUGGGGAUUGACUUCAAAGUGAAAACAGUGUACAGGAACGACAAGAGGGUGAAGCUUCAGAUCUGGGAUACAGCUGGGCAGGAGAGGUACAGGACCAUCACUACAGCCUACUACCGAGGAGCGAUGGGCUUCGUCCUGAUGUACGACAUCACCAGUGAAGACUCCUUCAAUGCAGUCCAGGACUGGGCCACACAAAUCAAGACUUACUCCUGGGACAACGCACAAGUGAUCCUGGUUGGAAACAAAUGUGACAUGGAAGAUGAAAGAAUUGUUCCUGUGGAGAAGGGGAAACUUCUGGCAGAUCAGUUAGGUUUUGACUAUUUUGAAGCCAGUGCCAAAGAAAACAUCAACGUAAGGCAGGUGUUUGAGCGCCUGGUGGACAUCAUCUGCGAGAAGAUGUUGGAGAGCAUAGAGUCAGACCCUGGCAGGGGCACCUCUGGCAGGGGCAUGCGGCUGACAGACAACCCCCCGCCGGCACCACACAACUGCUCCUGCUAG